UGUCCCCGCCGGCGCCCGAUCCUCUCGCGUCCAGGCCUCGCGCGCCGCCGCCCAAUCGCCGCGUCCGCGGGUCACAGGGGCACUGGGACCUGGAGCCGCGCCGCCCGCCCGCCGCCAUGCGGUUCCGCUUCGGGGUGGUGGUGCCGCCCGCGGUAGCCGGGCCCGGGCCGGAGCUGCUGGUCGUGGGCUCUCGGCCGGAGCUGGGGCACUGGGAGCCGUGCGGGGCCGUGCGCCUGAGGCCGGCGGGUACCGCGGCGGGCCCGGGGGCGCUGGCGCUGCAGGAGCCGGGCCUGUGGCUCGGGGAGGUGGAGCUGGAGGCGGCGCAGGACGGGGCGGAGCCGGGCCGCGUGGACACGUUCUGGUACAAGUUCCUGAAGCGCGAGCAGGGAGGAGCGCUCUCCUGGGAAGGCAAUGGGCCCCACCAUGACCGGUGCUAUACUUAUAAUGAAAGCAACUUGGUGGAUGGUGUUUAUUGCCUUCCAAUAGGACACUGGAUUGAGGCCACUGGGCACACCAAUGAGAUGAAGCACACAACAGACUUCUAUUUUAAUAUUGCAGGCCACCAAGCCAUGCAUUAUUCAAGAAUUCUACCCAAUAUCUGGCUGGGCAGCUGCCCUCGCCAAGUGGAACACGUAACCAUCAAACUGAAGCAUGAACUGGGGAUUACAGCUGUAAUGAAUUUCCAGACGGAAUGGGAUAUUGUACAGAAUUCCUCAGGCUGUAACCGCUACCCAGAACCCAUGACUCCAGACACUAUGAUUAGGCUUUAUAAGGAAGAAGGCUUGGUCUACAUCUGGAUGCCAACGCCAGAUAUGAGCACUGAAGGCCGCGUUCAGAUGCUGCCCCAGGCUGUGUGCCUCCUGCACGCGCUGCUGGAGAACGGACACACGGUGUACGUGCACUGCAACGCCGGCGUGGGCCGCUCCACCGCCGCCGUGUGCGGCUGGCUCCAGUACGUGCGCGGCUGGAAUCGCAGGAAGGUGCAGUACUUCCUUCUGGCCAAGAGGCCGGCUGUGUACAUCGAUGAAGACGCCUUGGCCCGGGCAGAGGAAGACUUUUAUCAGAAAUUUGGGAAGCUUCGUCCUUCCAUAUGCAGCGUGUAGGUGAUGGAACUGGCGCUCCCCCCACCCUACCUCCGGCCUGGGGUGGUGUUAGCAAAUGGCCUAGAAACCAAGAUUCUUCCUCCACUGGAAAGACUGAUCUGCUUCUCCCCUGACCCGCCUUCUUUAGUCGGGAGCUAGCUUUCUGAUGUACUUUGGUUGAGCUGUAUCUUCUCUGAAAUAUAUUACAAAGGAAGCUGUGACUGACACACGAGAAAAAUCCACACGCGGCUGGGCUGUGUAGUGUGGUUCCAGCAUCUGACAUAACAUCCACAUGCAGUUCUUUGUUGCACGGUCGCUGCUUUCUUGUGCUGUGAAGUCACGAUUGCCCUUGCUUGUUGCAUUGUGACCGCGUGGGGAAGAAAAGAGCGGAGCCACACUGUUGAUGCCAUCACUGCGUGUGUGCAUGUACACACACACGCACAUACACAUACACGCGCAGCUUUUCUGCUGUACUGAAAUGGAAUUAUAAAAUGAGGAGCCUGAACUAAGACAAAAUAAGAGCCCCAUAUGACCAAAAGCAAUGACUUUCUAGACUUUUUUUUUUUUUUGGAUCCUGCUUCCUAGUUGUUAUAGUGUGUUCCAAGGCCUUAACUUCCUUCUCUACCCACAACCUCAGUAGAAUUUUUGUCUCUAUUUGUUUUAACUGAGGCUCUGUGAGCAAAGAGCUUGCCCAAGGUCUCAGGGGUGUUCAGGGAGGAGCUGGAGUUUAUAACUAGGAUUCAGUGCUUUUUCCACACAACUUAUGAUUGGCCAGCAUACUGUGAUGAGUUCAGCAUUUCUCAGAGUAAGGUGAAUUUUUCUGCAGCAGUUCCUAUAGUGAGAAAUAAAACAGUGUUCUGAUCAGUUGCCAUAGAAUUCAGGGAGGUAUUUAUCUGAAUUUAAAUCAUGGAGAGCUGUUCAAGGCCGGAGUGGCCUUGCAGAGUUCACAAGGGGAGCUGUUUUCCCAAAAGAUCUCAAAGUGCCAAAGUCUGCAGAAAAUGGUCCCACAGUUUAGGAGUGAUCCUGAUUUAGCUCUCAGUUUAAUACAAUACACAGUUACUGUGCCUCCAGACUAUGCAUUUGCUAUCCUGGGUUCUAUAGAUAAUGCAAAGAUUAAUAAGAUCUUGCAUUUGGGAGUUCCCGUCGUGGCGCAGUGGUUAAUGAAUCCAGCUGGGAACCAUGAGGUUACGGGUUCGAUCCCUGGCCUUGCUCAGUGGGUUAAGGAUCCGGCGUUGCCGUGAGCUGUGGUGUAGGUUGCAGACGCGGCUCGGAUCCCGAGUUGCUGUGGCUCUGGCGUAGGCCGGUGGCUACGGCUCCAAUUAGACCCCUAGCGUGGCAAUCUCCAUAUGCCGUGGGAGCGGCCUAAGAAAUAACAAAAAGACAAAAAAAAAAAAAAAAAAAAAAAAGAUCUUGCAUUCAAAAAGGCUCAUAGCCUAGAAACAGCCCUGUGUUCGAGUAGACUGCAGAGUUGAACUAGUAAUGAUAUGCCAGUGUGAGGAAGGGGAGGUAACUUAUUGGGUGCAUUUUAUGUGCUAGGUGCUUUACCAUCUGAUUCAUUCAGUCUUCAUGGUACCCUCUGAGGGAGUUUUUAUCAUCUCCAUUAUAUAAAUGGGGAAACUCAUUUAUAAGGCUCGGAGAGAUUAAAUCAAUUGUUCUCUAUCACACGGCGAAUAAAUAGAUGAAAUAAGAUACAAAGCUUGUUUUGUCUGAUUCAAAACCCUUACUUUUUCUAUUAAACUACAAUGCUUAUUUAUUUUUCUGUUCCUUUUCUUCCAUAAAUAUUUAUUGAUAGAUAUGAGAGACUCCGAUUUAGGAAGUAUGGGGAUCAGGAUGAAAGGCAAGUUCCAGUGGAGUUCAGAGGAGGAAGAGGCAUCUUAUAACUGUGGAACUCAGGGGAGAUGGCAUUUAAUUGGGGCAAAGAAGGCUAGAGAGGACACAUGUAUUCCAGAAUUUUACAAAGUUAAAUGUAUAAGCCAGGAUUAAAUAUUAAGUACAGCUCUCUUGCUAAAAAAAGUAGCCAUAUUCUGCUGUACGGCAUGGUGACCCAGUUGCACAUACACGUAUACAUUCUUUUUUCUCAAAUUAUCAUGCUUCAUCAUAAGUGACCAGACAUAGUUCCCAGUGCUACACAGCAGGAUCUCAUUGCUAAUCCAUGUAAAUGAGCUAUAAUGGAAAAAAAUAAAAAUCAUUAUGUCAAAAAAAAGUAGCAAUAAUGACUGUAUUCAAGUAACCCAUUUAUGGUCAUAAUGUGUUGUGUAAAAUUUAAUCUUAAAAAUGGGAUAUGUCUAGCUAAUUAUAUAAAUGGGUCUGUGUGAAUUUCUUUAAUGUCUAAGAAAUCCAGCUUUGCAAUUUCCAUUACAGAAAGACUUUUUAGGGUGGAUUUUUUUUCUCUUUUUUGCUUUGAUGGACAAAAUCAGCUGGGGGCUAUUACAAGUGUUUUGGAAGAACCUCUUGUCCUCAAUGAAUGGGAUGGCCACUAUAUUUCAAAAUCCCGUGGAAUAUUGCUAAAUAAAAGCACUAAAAAUGA